AUGGAGUUUGGAUCAAACAAUCUUUCUUCACUGGCUCCACCUGUGUUUGAUGGUGAAAACUAUCAAGCAUGGACAAUCAGAAUACAAGCCUACAUGGAGGGUUGUGAUUAUUGGGAAGCAAUUGAGCAAGAUUAUGAAAUUGCUCCACUUCCUGAUAAUCCAACAAUGCAUCAGAUCAAGACUCACAAGGUGAGGGUCACCAGGAAGGCAAAGGCUCGAGCUUGCCUAUAUGCAGCUGUGUCUCCCACCAUAUUCAACAGAAUUAUGGCAUUGAAGUCAGCAAAGGAGAUCUGGGAGUUCCUCAAAAGUGAGUAUGAAGGUGAUGAGAGGACUAAAGGCAUGACGGUGUUGAACUUAGUGAGGGAAUUCGAGAGAAUGCAGAUGAAGGAUUCUGAGUCCAUCAAAGAGUACUCAGACAAGUUGAUCGGGAUUGCUAACAAGGCACGAGCAUUAGGAACUGAUCUAUCUGACAAUAGAUUGGUUCAGAAGAUUCUGGUUUCAGUACCUGAGAGAUAUGAAGCAACCAUUGCUUCCUUAGAGAAUACUAAAGAUCUCUCCAAGCUCAAAGUGAUAGAAGUUGUUAGUGCUUUGCAAGCACAGGAGCAGAGGAGGUUGAUGAGGCAAGAAGGAAGCAUUGAGGGGGCACUGAAAGCUAGAAUGCAGCAGGGAGAAGGUGGAAGAGAGAAGAAGUGGAAAGGGAAGAAGGGUCUGGUUGGUUGA